AUGCAGGAAGAAUGCAUGCAGCUUGUUCAAUCAGUUCUAUUUGGUAUUCAAGCCUAUUGGGCUCAAUUGUUUAUUAUUCCUUCUAAGGUGAUUAAGCUCAUUGAUGCGCAUUGUAGAAGUUACGUAUGGUCGGGCACUAAUACUAUCACCAAGAAAGCUUUGGUGGCUUGGGAAAGAGUUUGUUCUCCAAAAUCAGUAGGUGGCCUCAACUUGAUUAAUCUUCACUCAUGGAAUAAGGCUGCUAUUGCUAAACAUUGUUGGGACCUAGAGCAUAAACAGGAUAAGCUGUGGAUUAAGUGGGUGCACUCUUACUAUAUUAAAAGAACUCCUUUCCAAGAAGUGAUCAUUUCCCAACAAGCUUGUUGGAUGGUAAAGAAAAUUUUGGAGGCUAGACAAGUUUAUUCACAGUUUCAGCCCAUAGUCUUGCAGAACAAAAGUAUGAUCAGGCAACUAUACUUUCACUUGUUUCGGCCCCAACAGAGAGUUCCAUGGAAGUGUUUGAUGUUUCAAAACUUUGCCAGGCCAAAGGCAGUCUUCACUAUGUGGUUGCAGCUGCAAAACAGACUAAACACCACGGAUAGACUCAAAAAAUGGGGACUAGAUAUAGAGUUGAAGUGUGUUUUGUGCCGACUUCAUCUUCAAUCCAGAGAUCAUAUGUAUACUAGGUGUCCUUACAGUCAACAGGUUUGGAGCAAGUUAUUACAAUGGAUUCAAUUUGUACAAGCUCCUUACAACAAUUGGAGCCAAUAUGUCUUGGGAAUCAUUGAUGCCGCAAAAGGGAAAACUCCAACUGCCCAAAUUUUUAAGUUGGUAUAUACUGAGUAUGUCUAUGCGAUUUGGAUUGAGAGGAACCACAGAAUCUUUGAGAAGGAUAGCAGAACUUGGGAAUCUCUUGCCAGGGAGAUUGCUUAUAUUUGUUGUGUUAGGGCCAGCCAGAAAACUAUGCAAGCCAUUCAUCAUUUAGAUUGCUAG